AUGAAUGCUGUGGCCACCCCAAGGGCAAAUGGGCAAGUGGAGCGUUACAAUAAAGUUAUUGUUGACGCAUUGACAGCCAAGUCAGUUGGUACAUCUGAAAAUAAAUGGGAUGACCACUUGCCGGAUAUUCAGUGGGGUCUGAAUAAUACUUUCAAUAAGGGCAUAAAUCGAACUCCCGCAGAAGCUCUAUUUGGGGUAAGACCUACGGGAUCCACUGAAAGUAAAAUAAUACACGAUUUGGACAAGAACAGAGCUAAUAUAAGGGAUGAAAUUAACACUCAUAUUGAAGCAUGCCAACAGAAUCAAAAGGAAUCAUUCGAUAAGCACCGUUGUAUCCCUCCGAAAUAUAAUGUAGGGGAUUUGGUAAGAGUGGAACGCCAAGUACCUGCAACAGGACAGAGCAAAAAACUUGUGCCUAAGUUUCAGGGACCUUAUAGAAUCGCAUCUAUUUUAGACCAUGAUCGCUUUGCCAUAGAAGACACGCCAUUGACUUCAAAGAGAGGAAGAAGCUUCUCGACUAUCGUAGCUAUUGAUAAAAUCAAACCAUGGCUUAAUUUCAAUAGACCACACGUGAGUGGGACAUACUCCAGUGAAUCUGACGAUGAGGAAUCUCGUGAG